CGGCGGCGGCAGGACCGAGCGCGGCAGGCGGCUGGCCCAGCGCAGCCAGCGCGGCCCGAAGGACGGGAGCAGGCGGCCAAGCACCGAGCGCUGGGCACCGGGCACCGAGCGGCGGCGGCACGCGAGGCCCGGCCCCGAGCAGCGCCCCCGCCCGCCGCGGCCUCCAACCCGGCCCCGCCCAGCGCCGGCCCGCGGGGAUGCGGAGCGGCGGGCGCCGGAGGCCGCGGCCCGGCUAGGCCCGCGCUCGCGCCCGGACGCGGCGGCCCGUCUGGGGAGCAGGGAGGAGCCCUGUGCCCUGUCCCAGGAUCCACGGGUAGGAACACCAUGGACAGGGAGAGCAAAUGGGGCCAUCUGUCACCAGGGGCUUAGGGGAGACCGAGCCAGCCUGGGUCAAAGAAGUCAAAGGGGCUGCCUGGAGGAGGCAACCUGUCAGCUGGUGCAUCAGAGGCUGUGGCCAGGCCAGCUGGGCUCGGGGAGCGCCAGCCUGAGAGGAGCACGUGAGGGUCGCCGGAGCCUCGGGCACCAUGAGCGACGUGGCUAUUGUGAAGGAGGGCUGGCUGCACAAACGAGGGGAGUACAUCAAGACCUGGCGGCCACGCUACUUCCUCCUCAAGAAUGAUGGCACCUUCAUUGGCUACAAGGAGCGGCCGCAGGACGUGGACCAGCGUGAGGCCCCCCUCAACAACUUCUCUGUGGCACAGUGCCAGCUGAUGAAGACGGAGCGGCCCCGGCCCAACACCUUCAUCAUCCGCUGCCUGCAGUGGACCACUGUCAUCGAACGCACCUUCCACGUGGAGACUCCCGAGGAGCGGGAGGAGUGGACAACUGCCAUCCAGACGGUGGCCGACGGCCUCAAGAAGCAGGAGGAGGAGGAGAUGGACUUCCGGUCGGGCUCACCCAGCGACAACUCAGGGGCUGAAGAGAUGGAGGUGUCCCUGGCCAAGCCCAAGCACCGUGUGACCAUGAACGAGUUUGAGUACCUGAAACUGCUGGGCAAGGGCACUUUCGGGAAGGUGAUCCUGGUGAAGGAGAAGGCCACAGGCCGCUACUACGCCAUGAAGAUCCUCAAGAAGGAAGUCAUCGUGGCCAAGGACGAAGUGGCCCACACACUCACCGAGAACCGCGUCCUGCAGAACUCCAGGCACCCCUUCCUCACGGCCCUGAAGUACUCUUUCCAGACCCACGACCGCCUCUGCUUCGUCAUGGAGUACGCCAACGGGGGCGAGCUGUUCUUCCACCUGUCCCGGGAGCGUGUGUUCUCCGAGGACCGGGCCCGCUUCUAUGGCGCUGAGAUCGUGUCAGCCCUGGACUACCUGCACUCGGAGAAGAACGUGGUGUACCGGGACCUCAAGCUGGAGAACCUCAUGCUGGACAAGGAUGGGCACAUUAAGAUCACAGACUUCGGGCUGUGCAAGGAGGGGAUCAAGGACGGGGCCACCAUGAAGACCUUUUGCGGCACACCCGAGUACCUGGCCCCCGAGGUGCUGGAGGACAAUGACUACGGCCGUGCAGUGGACUGGUGGGGGCUGGGUGUGGUCAUGUACGAGAUGAUGUGCGGCCGCCUGCCCUUCUACAACCAGGACCAUGAGAAGCUUUUUGAGCUCAUCCUCAUGGAGGAGAUACGCUUCCCGCGCACACUUGGUCCUGAGGCCAAGUCCUUGCUCUCGGGGCUGCUCAAGAAGGACCCCAAGCAGAGGCUUGGCGGGGGCUCCGAGGACGCCAAGGAGAUCAUGCAGCAUCGCUUCUUUGCCGGCAUCGUGUGGCAGCACGUGUACGAGAAGAAGCUCAGCCCACCCUUCAAGCCCCAGGUCACGUCGGAGACCGACACCAGGUAUUUUGAUGAGGAGUUCACGGCCCAGAUGAUCACCAUCACACCACCUGACCAAGACGACAGCAUGGAGUGUGUGGACAGCGAGCGCAGGCCCCACUUCCCCCAGUUCUCCUACUCGGCCAGCGGCACGGCCUGAGGCGGCGGUGGACUGCGCUGGGCGACAGCUUGGAGGGAUGGAGAGGCGGCCUCGUGCCAUGAUCUGUAUUUAAUGGUUUUUAUUUCUCGGGUGCAUUUGAGAGAAGCCACGCCGUCAUCCUGAGCCCAGAUGGAAAGACGUUUUUGUGCUGUGGGCAGCACCCUCCCCCGCAGCGGGGUAGGGAAGAAAAUUGUCCUGCGGGUUUUAAUUUAUUUCAUCCAGUUUGUUCUCCGGACGUGGCCUCAGCCCUCAGAACAAUCCGAUUCACGUAGGGAAAUGUUAAGGACUUCUGCAGCUAUGCGCAAUGUGGCGUUGGGGGGCCGGGCAGGUCCUGCCCAUGUGUCCCCUCACUCUGUCAGCCAGCCGCCCUGGGCUGUCUGUCACCAGCUAUCUGUCAUCUCUCUGGGGCCCUGGGCCUCAGUUCAGCCUGGUGGCACCAGAUGCAACCUCACUAUGGCAUGCUGGCCGGCACCCUCUCCUGGGGGUGGCAGGCACACGGCAGCCCCCCAGCACUAAAGCCGUGUCUCUGAGGACAUCAUUGGAGGCUGGGCCCCUGGGAUGGGACCAGGGAUGGGGGAUGGGCCAGGGUUUACCCAGUGGGACAGAGGAGCAAGGUUUAAAUUUGUUACUGUGUAUUAUGUUGUUCAAAUGCAUUUUGGGGGUUUUUAAUCUUUGUGACAGGAAAGCCCUCCCCCUUCCCCUUCUGUGUCACAGUUCUUGGUGACUGUCCCACCGGGAGCCUUCCCCUCAGAUGAUCUCUCCACGGUAGCACUUGACCUUUUCGACGCUUAACCUUUCCACUGUCGCCCUAGGCCCUCCCUGACUCCCUGUGGGGGUGGCCAUCCCUGGGCCCCUCCACGCCCUCCUGGCCAGACGCUGCCGCUGCUGCUGCACCACGGCGUUUUUUUACAACAUUCAACUUUAGUAUUUUUACUAUUAUAAUAUGAAACUUUCCCUCCAAAUUCUUCAAUAAAAGUUGCUUUUCAA